GAAGUGCAUCGGCUCCGAGAUGGCAAACAACAUCCCUCCGUUGAAGGCCGUACUCACCAUGGGAGACGAGCUGUCGAAAUGUGCAAAGAGAAGCAACGCCGGUGACGUCAUCAAGUGCCUGGGCAUGCGCAUCGUGCAGACAGUGCCGCCCCUGAGCUUCCUGAACAAGAUGAGCGACAUGCUUACCGAGUACUUGCAGGGCUUUGCCCGUACUGCUGCCACUGUCGCCGGCCAGGCCCUCAAGGACGGCGUCGCUCUCAUCCAGGACGCCUCCGUCUCCACAUUCCCACAAGCGGGCACGGCCCCGGUCGUGAAACACGAGAGCAGGAACUUCAUGAUCCAGACCCACUCGCAGCGCAGCUUGGAAGCUGAAGGAUGGAG